AUGGAUGCGGAUGAUUUCAGUCUGCGACCGAAUCCUUCUCGUUUUUUAAAUGUCUGCCGAUUGAAUGAGUCUUCAAUUGCAGAACCUGAUCUAAAAAACACCCAUCACACGAGCAGUUCUGAUCUCUAUCAACCACUUCGCCUAACCCCAGUGUUCUACGAAGAACCACAAAAGAAUAGUGCACUUAAGCGCCUAAAAAAACGGGUUGCUCGCUUCGUCCUUGAAGAUCCGGAUUUUUGUGGGGAUGAAGAUUUACCCAAAGAGAUACACUUCGGAGCGUUUAAGGGCGAUAGUGCAAUUCGAAAGAAAUUUACUGACAAACAGAAAUACGAGGAAGAUAAUUUUACGCGCCUACAAAUCACCAAAGAUGAAAAGCGGUUGCAACGACGUUCGCUAUCCGGCAGACUACCAGUUGACUUACCAACACAGGCAAAUUAUUUGGAUGUUUUACUGCACAGCGUAAGUCCGUUUUCAAAAGCACGCACUGCUUUAUCAGAGUCCCGAAUUCAUUUGCCACGUCGUCAUCCAAGGCUCGAUCCCAUCUGGUGA